AAUAUAACAUUUUAUCCAGUGUUGUUCCGAAAUCAAAAUGAGACCAAACAAGGAUAAAAAGAGAGGAACAACGACGACAACGACAACGCGCCCGUCGUCUCCGCCCAGAAGACGAUCCCAAACCACCACCACACCCUCUGCCUCUGUUCUGGAUAGUGAAUUGCUGACUGAGGAAGAAACUACAAUUUUCUUUGGGGACAUUCAAAUUUCAUCUCCAGAUUCAACUGCAAAUCCUAGAAGUUUCCCGUACAGCGUGAAGCAACAGUGCUGGGAAAAGGCGGAGAAGGUCAGAGGACGAGACCCAGAUCGCUGGCGAAGAGACGCCCUUGGUAACAUUGUGUUUAGAAAGUUUGUCGGUUGUCCCGGUUGCUUGUGCCACGAUUAUGAUCAUAUUUUGCCUUACUCCAAGGGAGGAAAGAGCACGCUGGAAAACUGUCAGGUUUUACAGGCGACAGUUAAUAGAUCAAAGGGUAAUCGGACUGAAUUAUCUAGAGCUGAGCUGAUUCAGAAAAGUUCUUAUUGCAGGGUUGCAGGUCGUGACAUGGAUUUGCUUGAACUGUCAGCAUAUGGCAAUGUUCGUCGUGGACAGGACAGUGGAGGAUGUAGAAUUCAAUGACAAAUUUCAGCUCGAGUAACGUCUUUCUAAUAAAUUGAAGAUGGAAAAUUAAGAAGUCUUGUGUAUCCAAUUGAUUGUAAUUGUAUAUGCAUGACCGCAUCAAAUUGUACAAAAUGUAAUUAUGUUACUUUCUGAGGUUUAAUGAGCGAUCUACUCUGAUCUUCAGUAUUAUUAUUUA